GCUCACUCUCUCCCGGGCACGGGCCUCUCUGGGUCUGGCGCUCCCCAAGGCCGGCAAGGGGCUCGGUGCCCCGGGAACGAGGCUCCCCCAGCCCCCAGGUACCAAGCUGAAGCUGAUGCCGGCUGCCAAGUCCAGGCUUCAGCAUCCCAGCCGGGCUUUGCAGCUGGCACAACUUUCCGCCGUUCCCAAACCCACCUCCCAGGACACGGAGAUGGAAGACCCUACUUCAGGAUUGACUAUGCAGGAGCUGAUGUGCAAUACGACCCGAGAGCUGAAGGAAAACAGUAAGAGCAAAGAAUGGUUGGUUGCAGCAGGGACUGUCUUGGGAGCAGGUGAGGCUGACCAGACGUGGGUGUGUGUGGGGCCCUCUUGUUCCAGCGAGUUGGCCCCUGGCCAGACUCCAGGGUGCGGGGAUGCAGUCCCUGCUGAGCGGUCUGCAGGUGAUCAGCUGUCCCAGGAGCUGAAGUGUGUAAAGAAUGAGCUGAAGUGUGUAAAGAAUGAGCUGAAGUGUGUAAAGAAUGAGCUGGAGCGAGUGAAGGCUGACAAGACUGCUCAGUGUGAAGCCUAUCGCCAGACGAUCUCCUCCUUGCAGGCUCAGCUCAGAGCAGCAGGAAUCUGUCUGGAAGAUGCAGCAGUGGAGGAGUGACUCGGGGAGAGACUCACAACAGCCACUUGUCCAGCCACCUGAACCGCUGGGCCAGUGAUAUUUAUGGAGCUCUUGAAUGAAUGAAUUUUUUAACUCCUUGUAUUUGAAAUAAAGGCAUCUUUUCCCAGUGG